CAUCUGUAGUGUGUGAUAACAAAGAGCUGCGGGCGGCUGCAGAAUGAUGCGCGUGCGGUCGAUUAGGCAAAACAAGAGAGAAAUGUCUCUCCUUUUAAAAACAUUGUUUUUCUCUACUAAGCUGUGCGCUGCACCAACAACCAGGGCAGAUUAAUGCAGACCAAGCUGGCUUCCACAGAGGGAGCACAAGACGGAUAAUGUACUGGGGUGUUGGUUUUGCCUCUUCCAGGUCGUGUGUGGUGGAUCUAAGCCGGAAUCAGAGUUUUUCCUUUGGACUGUGUGGCUCUGAGGACCAGUAUUCCGUCUAUGGGUACAUCGUUGCCUUCCCUUCGCAGGAUUGUAACGGCAUCAUGUCAGGGCUGGGCUCCGAUUCCUGGUGGAAGAAAACCCUUUACCUCACGGGGGGUGCCCUGCUGGCCGCUGCUGCUUAUCUCUUACAUGAACUGCUAGCUAUUAGGAAAGAACAAGAAGUUGACUCCAAAGAUGCUAUUAUACUUCAUCAGUUUUCCAGACCAAGACAUGGAGCUCCCAGUUUAUCUCCUUUUUGUCUGAAGAUGGAAACCUACCUAAGAAUGGCUGACUUACCCUAUCAGAAUUAUUUUGAUGGAAAGUUGUCCCCUCAAGGAAAAAUGCCAUGGAUAGAAUACAACAAUGAGAAGGUGUCAGGCACUGAAUUCAUUAUUGACUUUAUAGAAGCAAAACUGGGUGUAAACCUGAACAAAAACCUUGAUCCACAUGAGAAGGCAGUGUCCAGAGCGAUAAGUAAAAUGGUAGAAGAGCACUUUUACUGGACAGUAGCUUACUGCCAGUGGGUCGACAACCUCCAUGAAACCCAAAAGCUGCUUUGUUUUUCGGGCCCACUUUCUGACCUCUUAAAGUGGAUUCUGUGCCAUCUCACUAAAGGAAUUGUAAAACGGGAAAUGUAUGGUCACGGGAUUGGUCGAUUCUCUGAAGAAGAGUUGUACAGGCUAAUGGAAAAAGACAUGAGGACUCUAGCAGUACUCUUAGGUGAUAAAAAGUACAUUAUGGGACCAAAGCCAUCAACAAUAGAUGCAACUGUUUUUGGGCACUUGGCGCAGGCAAUGUGGACACUCCCUGGAACAAGACCCGAACAGCUGAUUAAAGGCGAACUAAUUAAUCUUGCUAUGUACUGUGAACGGAUAAAAAGAAAAUACUGGCCAGAAUGGUGUGAGGAUAAUGAUGGCAUCACUUAUGAUUAUGAUGACACCAGUGAUGAAAGCCUGACUCCAACACAACUACAGGAAUAUGGCUUGUAUUCAAGGACAGAGACAUUUGAAGAAGAGCUGACAGAGAAUAGCCUUUCUUGCUCCCAGACUCCUGAUACGGAUUACACUGGAAAAUCCCUCUGCGACUCUGAUGUAGAAAUGGAGGAGUUUGUAGAUCAAGAACAAGGCAAAUGAUAAGUAAUUUUAUUUAGGUGGAAUGUUAUACUCCAUUAAAAAGCAGUAGGGUUGUAGGAAAAAUGCACUUACUAUAGCUGCAAAGGGACCAUUCAUUUUCUAUGAUAUGUUCACAGUAGUGUAAGAACCACUUAAAUUAAGUACAUAGUUUCUUCUUUCAGAAAGGUAAGACAAAACCCCUUGCCACUGUGGACUUUGGGUUAUGUAGUAAAUUUAUGCAAAUGCUGUGUCUUUUCAGAAAUAUGGACUUAUAAUUCUAUUAAUUUCACAAAAGAAGUAAAAUGGCCGCUCUUUCACUUCAGCUUAUUGGACUAAAGUAAAAUGGCUGCUCUUUCACUUCAGUUCAUUGGACUACUAAGUUUGUUUCACAAAGUGGACAGGCAGGGUUGUGCAUGUACUACAGUAGAUUUAUCUUCUGUAAGCUAAAGUAUGGGCUACCUCUGCAGUUGGGGUUAUCACUCUUCUCCAAGGUAACAAGUACUCUGCUUCAAGUUUCUAGUGCAAUCAUAAAAUAAGGGGGAAAAUGCAUUUUGAUUGUAGGUUAUGUGUUCUUUAGUAGAUUUCACUGUAAUCUGUUCAACACUUUUUAUAUUUAAGUGCCAAUGCCCUUACCAUUUAGUUGUUUACUGUAUGAUUUCUAUGUAUUCUACCGAGUGAUGGAGAAAGGCAGUGCCAUGUGAAAAUGCAGCAAAUAAACAAUGAUUUGGCACUGUGCAGCAACGCAUUCAGAGUACACUGUAUGGAAUCAGUGACAACUAAAUGGAGGAUUAAAGAAGCCAUUUGAUUAUGCUGUAUAUUAGAACCUGAAGCUCUACUCUUGGAUUAAUGAAUAAUAGUUUCAGUAAUGACUUGCAGUCAGACUGUGCUGGGACACAUUUCUGUUUUCACUGAACUCUAAUGUCAGUGCCAUGAAGAACUCUUAUUGUUAAUGUAAAACUCAAUGGACUUCACUUGUUAAUGUAAAAUCUCUAAAUCUGUUGAGUGUUCCUGCCAUUUGAAAAGCUUUAUUUAAUUUUAUAGAUUUAUUUAUCUUAAAUAUUUUAAAUGUAUACGGAAAUAAAAAUUUAUCUAUAUAUCCAGAGGUAUUGGAAAUAACAAUCAUCUGAAUCUCUAAACAAAUCAGAUGUUAUAUUAUUUUCAUUGUUCUGAUAGUCGAAUGCUUUAUUAUUAAGUUCAGUACAGUUCAAAGGAAGCUGUUUGGAUUCCUCGUUUGAUGAUGGGGUCAGAUGUUAAUGUUACUGUACACGUAUGUUUCCAUUUACAAAACCUAUGACUAGCAAAAGGAGGACAGUACUUUUUCACUGUAAAUUAUAGCAAAUAUUUGUUCAAAUGUGUGCCUUUUGUGCCAGUUACAAGUGAGAAUGUUCUGGCUAAUAAAAUCAAAAAUAUAAAUUCA